ACGAGAAAAUGGCAAGCCCCAGCACGAGGAUCGACGAUGGACGUGAUGUGGACAGUGAUAACUCCGGACUGAUGAGAGAAAAGUUAUCCGUGUUGAUUGUGGAUGAUGAAUUGCUGGUGCGUAAAGUACAUGAGAAACUGUUGAGCAAGCUCAAAUUAGCAAAACAAGUCCAGACUCAAACUGCCACAAAUGGAAAGGAGGCCUUGGAUCUUCACCUCUCUGGUUCAUCUUUUGAUAUUAUUCUCAUGGACCUGCAAAUGCCCAUCAUGGAUGGCACAGAAGCGACGAAGGAGCUGCGAGCGAUGCGGGUAGAGAGCAUGAUCGUGGGAGUGACUUCGGUUGAUGCCGGAGCCGACAAGGAAGCUUUCAUGGAAGCAGGUCUGGAUAAGUGCCUUCCGAAGUUACUGACUGCUGAUAAGAUCAAGUCUCUUGUUGAAACCCUAGAGAAGAACAAAUAGAGAUGUGACCAUGGUCAACGGGUAACUAAAGGAAUAAUAAUGAGU